GAUGAUGUAGCAAUAGUAUCAGCGGUCAGGAGUGCGGGGUUCAUUAGUCAGUCGUCCGCAGUCCAAGUUACUUCCUGCCAGAACGAAGUUUGGCUUUCGACGGAUACUUCCAGGCUAAUGUAACUUGCUAUGUAAAUGACUGUUUUGACAGGAAGUGGGGAAGGUGGAAGGGGAUGAAUAGGAAGGACUUUGCCCAACGUUAUCUGCCUCUGAAUGAUCACACAAGCCUGACUAAAGUCCUGUCUGAGUUCUGGUCUUUCGCUGGUUAGUUAGAAGCAAAUCAUCCACCAACAGUAACUAAAGAGAAAAGAAACAGACCGAAAGAGGACAAGCACUUCAUCAGAGGCUUGGGAAUGGAGACAACUUCAUCACUGAUAAAGUCAGUUUCGAGGAGGGUGUGGUCAGCCCCCCAGAGGCCCUUCAGAGCAUGCUCCUGUGACAGAGCCACGAGGAAGGGCGUUACUGCGGGAACGCUGCAGGAGCUGAAAGAGAGGGUUGCACAUGCCCUGCUGCUCUCCUCCAUGUCGCUCAGUCUGGUCUGUGAGGAGGACGGGACGGAGGUGGAGUCAGAGGACUUCCUCCUCAGCCUGCCUGAUAACACUGUCCUGAUGGGCCUGGAGCCCGGACAAACAUGGACCCCAUCACAUAAAUCUCAGGGGGGUGGAGUCUUGUUCUCCUCCACCAAUAAGAAGCCCCGUACAGGGCGUGACAUUGCAAGAGUGACCUUUGACUUCUACCGGCUGAACCCGCGUGACGUGUUCGGCUCCCUGAGUGUAAAGGCCACCUUCCAGGGCCUCUACUCCAUCAGCGCCGACUUCAAAUGCCUGGGACCCAAAAAAGUGCUGAGGGAAGCUCUGCGUGUGGCCUCCUCGUUGCUACAGGCUGUUGGUCACAUGCUGAUCACAUCGGCCUCUGUGAUUCGCCGCAUCAUCGAGGGGGCGGAACACUGGCAGCCCCACCCUUCCCCAGAGGGAUCCGCCUACCUUUCAGGACACUGGGACUGAGCCAGCCCUCACUAACCCCCCCCCCCCCUUUCAGAUAGAGGGAAAUGUCUCAACCCUGAGCUCCACCCCUGUAGGUGUGGCUCCCUCCAGGCUAGCCUUCCUCAGUGUGUGAUCUUCACUUAUCUGUUGGGAUCGAGGUGUCAGUCAAGGCCUUAUAAAACCUUACAGAGCACAUGUUGUUCCGUACAUUUCAUGCUCAGAUGCAUGCUUGCAUUAAUGAGAAUUGCAUCUGUGAGGGAAUUACACAUCGCCGUACAAAUACUACCCCCAAUUCUGUACCCGAUUACAGCUGAAACAUAAUUUAUUAUCAGCUGAUUGCGCAUAAUUAUUGAUGUGAAAUGCUCCUGAACUCAUUGUUGCUUGUCUUAUAAAACUGUAAAUACA